AGAUCGCAAUGUCGCACCGAAACAAUGCGCUCAAAUGACCUAGACUACGUCGGCUGGUUGAUUUGCAGCGCCGGGAUUCCGGGCACCGGUCCUGUCCCCGCAAUUCAUACGUCGCAAUUGCCCGGCGGACGGUACACAGCCCUUGCCUAGACGCCUUUGGCAUACAUUUGCAAUAUGGAAUUCCCGGAUAAACCUCAGCAGAGCCACGCAUGAUCACCGAUGGAGGGUCUUACCAAAAUCCGGUGGAGCUUAAAGAAGCGUGAGAGGCUAGGUACAUUUUUCUGGUAUCAUAGAGUGGAUCUCCCCUAGAAGAACCUCGGGUCCGCUCCUCUGGCUUUCGCUGAAUUGUGCUCUGAAGCCUCCGUGAUGGGGAUGUUGCAGGUUCUUGGGGCCUACUUGGUCUUUCUGGGCUUGUUGUCGGCUCAGACAACUGCCUCUCUGAACGGUACUAUACCAAAGACUUACGGUAUCGUCCUUUUCCGCGCCUUCGAUUCCAUCGACGUACUGGGGCCGGCUGAGCUCCUCUAUUUCAUAGGGCAAGUUCACAAGACGGAAAUCGCCUGGAUUUCGGAGACACUUGACCCGGUGACGACGGAGCCUCUUAUGGCGGUGAUGAACCCGUUCAACUCGUCUGUAUUUCAAAAGAUCGUGCCUACCCAUACGUUCGAGACGGCACCAGACCUGGACGUGCUCAUCAUCCCGGGCGGCGCCGGCAUUCGAAGCCCUUACCUGAACAAUACGUUGAAGUACAUCAGAGAGACGGCUCCCAAGGUCAAGCAUGUCAUUACCAUCUGCACGGGGUCGGCACUGGCAGCUCGCGCCGGUAUCAUGAACGGCAAAAAGGCCACAACAAACAAAACCUCUUGGCCAAACGUUAUACCCUUCGGACCCAACACGACCUGGGUGCCGCGCGCCCGCUGGGUAGAAGAUGACUCCGGAGAACCUCCAAUAUGGAGCUCGUCGGGCGUGACGGCCGGCUUGGACCUCAUGUUCCACUUUGUCGAGACGUUCUACAGCAGCGAGAAUGCUACGUGGAUCUCGAAGCUGACAGAAUACGUUCGGCAUACCGACCCGGACGAUGAUCCGUUUGCGAGAAAUGAUACGAUAGUCGCUCCAACUGCCGGGUGAAGCUUUUGAUACCUGCAGCUUCGAAUGCCGCACCAGAAGUUGUGGAUGGAGUCCCUCGUGGCCUUGCUUCGCUGACGAAUCCUAGGCGAAUCGGUCUACGAGGCGCCCUCCGGAUGCUACCUAUAUUGUUCUUAUGUAGCUCGAACACUAUAUCAAUCUACCAUGAAUGAGUGGCUAUCGUCUUAAUUAAUGACUGCUACCACUGCCGCCAGUAGCAACAGCCCAAUAU